GAAUGAAUUCUUCUAAACUGGAUAGAUCUCCUCCUUAAUUCAUCAAUUUUAUUCAUAGGUUCUUAUUUAAUAAAUAGAUUUGUUGGAGUUUGAUCUGCUUUAGAUUUCCUGACUGUAUCUAUUUAUUGGAUCAAACACGUUUUCCAUGGGGACCGAACUUGUUAGACAUCACAUCAAGGAAGAGACUGCAGACAUCUCCAUGCUUCCUUCUGGUUUUGAUUCACUUGCAUCCAUGCCUAAUAAGGCGAGCAGUAAUGAAAAUAAAACAAUUUGCUCAUCCCCUACAAGCAGCUUGCAAUUUCAGAGAUCCCCGGUGAAAUCAGGUUGUAAACCUGAAGGCACGAGAAAAAAGUGUCUAAGACGCCGGUCAGGGUUAAAGUAUGGCCGGGUUGAUAGCAGUUCAGAAGAUGAAUCUAACUAUGGUCAGAAAUUUUCCUCAAGGCCUAACCCAUCCAAAGGGGUUUUCAAUGAGUAUGGAGAUGAUGGAAAUAACUUAAAGGUCACAGCGCGAUGGUGUCCUGAAGGGACUUGCAGGCCUGAUCUUCAGGAAGCUCCAGUGUUCUAUCCAACUGAAGAGGAAUUUGAAGAUACUUUAACAUAUAUUGAGAGCAUACGGUCCAAAGCAGAAGCAUAUGGAAUUUGCCGUAUUGUACCUCCUACCUCAUGGAAACCUCCAUGUCCCCUCAAGGAGAAGAAGGUAUGGGAAGAAUCAGAAUUUAGCACUCGUAUACAAAGGAUUGACAAACUUCAGAAUCGAGAUUCAAUAACAAAAAAAGCAAAAGCUAAUCAUUAUAAGAAAAGGAAGAGGAGAAGGUUCACUAAAGCUAACAAUACCAAGACCCAGUGCGAUGCUGAAAAUGACGAGUCUGAGGAGAAAUUUGGGUUUGAAACUGGUCCGGACUACACUCUGGAUUCAUUUCAGAAAUAUGCUGGUGAUUUCAAGGCCCAAUACUUUGGAAAGAAUGAAGGGAAAUGGGAGCCGUCAGUGGAGGAUAUUGAGGGUGAAUAUUGGCGCAUGAUCCUGAAACCCACUGAAGAAGUUGAGGUUCUUUAUGGGGCUGAUUUGGAAACUGGUACAUUUGGCAGUGGGUUUCCAAAACAAGUACAUCAAAUCAGCUCUGCUGCUGAGAUGAAAUACAUAAAAUCAGGAUGGAACUUGAACAACUUCCCAAAACUCCCCGGUUCAGUUCUUUCAUAUGAGAGCAGUGAUAUUUCUGGCGUUCUUGUGCCUUGGCUGUAUGUAGGAAUGUGUUUUUCUUCAUUCUGUUGGCAUGUUGAAGAUCACCAUCUGUACUCUUUGAAUUACAUGCAUAUGGGAUCUCCAAAAUUGUGGUAUGGUGUUCCUGGGGCAGAUGCUUUGAAGCUGGAAGCUGCUAUGAAGAAACAUUUGCCAUCCCUCUUUGAUGAACAGCCGGAUUUGCUUCAUAAGCUUCAUGUUGAAGAUCACCAUCUGUACUCUUUGAAUUACAUGCAUAUGGGAUCUCCAAAAUUGUGGUAUGGUGUUCCUGGGGCAGAUGCUUUGAAGCUGGAAGCUGCUAUGAAGAAACAUUUGCCAUCCCUCUUUGAUGAACAGCCGGAUUUGCUUCAUAAGCUUGUCACACAACUCUCUCCUUCCAUACUCAAGUCUGAAGGAGUACCUGUAUAUCGAUGUGUUCAGAACUCUGGGGAAUUUGUUCUCACCUUCCCUAGAGCUUAUCAUGCUGGUUUCAACUGUGGAUUCAAUUGUGCUGAAGCUGUAAAUGUUGCUCCAAUGGACUGGUUACCUCAUGGACAGAAUGCUAUAGAGAUCUAUUCAGGUCAAAGGCGCAGGACGUCCAUUUCACACGAUAAACUCUUGCUUGGCGCUGCAAGGGAUGCUGUCAGAGCACAAUGGGAACUUAGUUUACUGAGGAAGAAUACUUCAGAUAACUUGAGAUGGAGAGAUGUUUGCGGAAAAGAUGGGGUUUUGUCUCAUGUGUUAAAGAGUCGUGUUGAUACAGAACGGGUGCGGAGGGAAUUUACUUGCAGUUCCUCACAGACAUUAAAGAUGGAAAGCACUUUCGAUGCAACUUGUGAGAGGGAAUGCAGCAUAUGCUUCUUUGAUCUGCAUCUCUCUGCAGCUGGGUGUCACAACUGCUCACCAAAAAAAUAUGCAUGCUUGAACCACGCAAAACAGCUGUGUUCAUGUCCGGAUGCUUCCAGAUUUUUCCUAUUUCGUUACGAUAUCACCGAGUUAAAUCUGUUGGUAGAAGCUUUGGUAGGGAAACUUAGUUCAAUAUAUCGAUGGGCAAGGCAAGAUCUUGGUCUCUCCAUGAGUUCAUACCUAAACAACAAAGAGUUAAUCAAGCCAGUUAACCGAAUUCAAGUUGAUCAUACUUCUGAAAAGUGUCCAUCAAACAAAACAGUUGCUACAGAAAGCAAGCCCAGAGUAAGAGCUUCUGUUCCCGGGGAUGAUGAUGAUGUUAUCAUUCUUAGUGAUGAUGAGAAUGAGGAGACUGGGACAACAGUUGUUGGGAGUUCUCAAGGGGGUACAAGUUGUGCUCUAGAAAGUUCUGAGGGUUCUCAUAGUGCUGAGAAAGUGGAUGUAGAUGUAAAGUCAAGGUCAAUGGAUUUUGCACAAGCAUCAUUACAUCCUCAAGUUAAUGCUGAUGGAUGUUUCAGGAAAAAAGGCCCUCGUAUUGCUAAAGUGGUGAGAAAAAUGAAUUGCAAUGUUGAAGUUCUUGAUUAUGGAGUUAUUCACCCGGGAAAGUUAUGGUGUGAUGUUCGUGCUAUUUACCCAAAGGGAUUUAGGAGUCGCACCAGAUACAUAAACGUUUUAGAUCCAACCAGCACAUGCAAUUAUGUCUCUGAAAUUCUGGAUGCUGGACAUUAUGGACCUUUGUUUAUGGUCUCCUUGGAGAAUUGUCCGAGUGAAGUAUUUAUCCAGUUUUCCGCAGUAAAAUGUUGGGAAAUGGUUCUGGAAAGACUUAACCGACAGAUUGCUACACUACGUAAGACAGGAAAAACAAAUCUUCCUCCCCUCCAACCUCCUGGAAGCUUCGAUGGCUUGGAAAUGUUUGGACUUUCUUCUCCGACAAUCGUCCAGGCAAUUCAAGCCCUGGACCAUGAUAGGGCGUGUUUGGAGUAUUGGAAUUCACGGCCAUCGGAGGAGAUUCAACAAGGGCCAGCUGUGUUUGGGGACAACCAGAAACCAAAACCAAGAGAUGAGGGUGAUAGAUCAUUACUUGGUCUCUUUAAGAAGGCCAGCGACGAAGAACUUGAAGCACUACACCGUCUACUACAAAGCCAUCCCUCAUCAACCGAUCGAGGCUUAGUGGCUCGGCUUCUAAACGACGAGAUCCAUAGGCCUAAAGGAUGAUUCUCUAUUUUGAAAACAUGGGUAUAGUUUUUUCUUUAUAUUUUUUUUUUGUUAAAGAUGGGUUUUUUACAUAGUAAAAUCUGAGCCCCAAU